UCUUUUUUCUUUUCCCUCUUUCUCUUCGUUCUUUGUUCUAAACCCUACGUUCCACAUCAACACUCUAGCACCGCGCAUCACCGCGCAUCACCGCCGCACCGCUGCACUGGAGCUCGGAUUAGAAGGAGGUCAGAUUUUUGCGUAGCUUCCAUAAAAAGAUCUUGUUAAGGGGAUCGUAGAGAGAGAGAGAGAGAGGAAGUAGAGUCCGCACAAAGUCUCGUGGCCUAGAGAUUAGGAUCGGAAUUCUGCCACCGUUCUUUAUCAUUUCACCGUACUCUGUCGUCGCUCACCUUCAACCUUAAAUUUUGCUUGUCAAAAGAAGAGAAGGAGUAAGCACAUUUAUAUCUCCAAGAUAUGAACUCCGUGGCAAGGCGUUUAUCAAGCUUAUUCGGAACUUCAGGUUACACAACUCAACCCUUCAAAAUUCGGCAUCAUCAAAUGCAGCAGCUUCAACAAUGCAGAGGCAUACGAGUUAGGGUCGUAGAUGGGAACUUGGAAAUGGCAUUGGGAUUGAUGCAGCGUAAGAUGCAAGGAAGUGGGAUCGAGAGGAUGAUAAAGCAGGAGCAGAGAUUCCAUAUCAAAAAUUCUGAGAAGCGCGUUUUAGCCAAAAAGAACUUGGAGCGAAGGCUUCGAUCUGAGGAUUUUGCUAAGAAACUUAAAACCAUUUUGGUCAAGAAAGUCAGGGGUCUAUGAGGAGUUUGCAUUUUGCACAAGAAAUGAUCAUCAUGAGUUGCAGUUAUUUUAUAAUUUUCAUGCGAUCACUGCAGUUGACACAUUCUUUCCAAUUGCCAGGAUCGGGUCGUGUCAUGUGUAUUUUGUAGCUGUUAUUUUGGUAGCAUAUGCAUUUGCAAAUUGCAACACAGAAAGUAUCCAUUUAAUGAUAAGUAAGACAAUUGUGUGGUUAGUUCUUGAAUCUAGGUCAAGACGUUGAAUGUUGUUAAGUUGUGUUUGAAGCAGUUUUCAAGCAA